AUGGACGAAGAUGAUGGAUUGUUGUUGAACUUUGCUGUUCCAGAUACUUCAUCAACCACAACUUCCAAAAACCAAAAUGUCAAAGUUCUGGGUGGUAGAUGGAAGGAUAGAAGAAAGUUACAACUUGCAUUACAAGGUAGAACGAAAAAGAGGCAGCCCGAGACCGGAGUAAAUCUCAUCCCAGUUGAUGAAUCCAAACGAAAACGGGUAUUUGAAGAUAAAUUACCAGCUGACUCGAACAAAAGGUCAAAGUUCACAGAAAGCAAAGGUGAAUUUGGUGGGAAAGGUGAUUCAUAUGUGUCAUCUUUAUUUACCAAUAACGAACCAACGUCACACUUAGUGACAACUUCGACUACCAAAGAGCUUACUUAUUUACCAUCCAAUGCACCUAUGAAAGAUGCAACUACAUUUUCUGGUUUAGGGUUGAAUGAAAAAUUGUCAACACAUCUAACUGAACAUUUACGAUUCAUGCAUCCAACCAAGAUUCAACAAUUAGUAAUACCGAGUUUAAUAGCCACAGAAAAUGAUCUAUUCGUGAAAGCACAAACAGGGUCUGGUAAAACAUUGGCUUUUGUUUUGCCCAUAUUCCAUAAGUUGAUGAGAGAAAAUAAAUUCAAGAUUAAUCGAGAAUCAGGGUUAUUUGCCAUAAUUUUAACACCUACCCGUGAAUUGGCCACACAGAUUUAUGGGGUGUUGGAGACAUUAACAAGAUGCCAUCAUUGGGUAGUUCCAGGAAUAGUCAUUGGUGGUGAAAAAAAGAAGUCAGAAAAGGCAAGAUUGAGAAAAGGGUGUAAUAUAUUAGUUGCUACUCCAGGAAGGUUGGCUGAUCAUUUGGAAAAUACAAAAACAUUAGAUAUUAGUCAGUUGAGAUGGCUUGUGUUAGAUGAAGGUGAUAAAUUAAUGGAGUUGGGAUUUGAAGAAACUAUAGCCCAAAUCACUGCCAAAAUAGACUCAAAUUCUAAAAUUGCUGACACCGCUGAAAAAUGGCAAGGGUUACCAUCGAGAAGAAUAAAUAUGUUGUGUUCAGCUACAUUGCAUAGUAAUGUGAAAAAAUUGGGUAGUAUAGUGUUGAAAAAUCCUGAAAUGAUUUCAGUGGAAACAGCUUCUGUUCCUGGAACCGUAUCAUUUGACGAAACCAUAGCCACCACUACAAGUACGGCACCAGACCAGUUGAUUCAAAAUGUUGUUGUCGUUCCACCCAAGUUGAGACUAGUUACAUUGGAUGCAUUGUUAUUGAGUAUUUGCAAACACUCUACUGAAAGAACCAUUGUGUUUUUUUCCUGUUCCGAUUCAGUUGAUUUCCAUUUUGACGUAUUCACUCGAGAUGGUAAAAAGUUUAAAAAAAUGACUGAUGAAGAAUCCGGUGAAGUGAAAACUGUGUUAGUUCUGCCAGAAGAUGAUGAAAAUGAGGACAAUGGCGUGCUCACUGCCCCUCAAUUAAGUGACAAUACAAUUGUCUAUAAGCUUCAUGGUUCACUUUCACAGCAAUCACGUACAAGCACAUUGCAGUCGUUUAUCAAAGAUAAUAAUUCAUAUAACAAGAUAUUAUUUUGUACUGAUGUUGCGUCUCGUGGGUUGGAUUUACCAAAUGUUGCCAAUGUUAUAGAAUAUGACCCUCCUUUCACUAUUGAUGAUCAUUUGCAUAGAAUUGGUAGAUCAGCAAGAUUGGGUAAUGAAGGUAAUGCAACUUUGUUUCUACUUCCAGGUAUUGAAGAAGGGUAUGUAGAGGGAAAGUUGAAGGUUGCGCAUCCAAGAGAAGGAAACUUGAGAGUUAAGAAUUAUGAAGAAAUAUUACAAGAAGGAUUUGCACAAGGAAAUAUCAAGUCAAAGGAUAAUAAGUUAGGGAAGUGGGAUAUCCAUGCUACCACUUGGCAUCUUGAUGUUGAAAGGUGGCUAUUAGAAGAUCAAGCUAGUCAUGACGAAGCUGUUAGGGCAUUUACUUCUCAUAUACGUGCAUACGCAACACAUUUGUCGUCGGAACGUGAGUUUUUCAAUGUAAAAUUAUUACAUUUAGGUCAUUUAGCGAAAAGUUUUGGAUUAAGAGAGACACCAAAGAAGUUAGGUAAAUCUGUUGGUAAUAACAGCAAUUACUCAGAAUCUAAGAAAGGUAAAAAAGAGGACCCAAGAAAGAAAAUGUUGAGAAUGGCCAAGAUGGCUGUGAAAUCUGCAAGUAGCGAAUUUAAUUAUUAA